CUAUGGGCCAGAUUUGCGCGCGCCCGUUGCCAUCACGGACAGUGGAAGGGGGAAUCCGUCACGUUCGAAGGCGUUCAUCACAUGGCGUUCAGAGUCCGGGUCGUGUAGCCUAGGACGUACAGCUAGGCUGUGGCCCUUGUCAUUCUUCCUGAGCCCGGUGCCGCCUUGCCUGCCCUCGAGCCCCGGCAUUUCAAAUUUGCACCUCUUUCUGCUGCCUUUGCUUCUGCAUCGGUUAGAGGUCUGGACGAUCACGGAGGGAAUGGCACUUUCUUCAGAUUUUAUGCCUGAUCCUGGAGACCCGAGCUUGGCUGGCCCAACUCCCGGCGAGCCCCAGGCAGCUCAAUUGUUGCAGCCCAAACUUGAACACCCAGAGCCAAUACUGGAAGUUGGUAAUGGUCUUCAAAGCACUGGAGUCUUGCCCGCCACCUCAAUGUGGACGUCCAGCGACGACCAGAAGGCCAACUCAGCAAAUGGUGGUACCGCUUCCACGUCAUCUUCCCCGUCCUUUGGAGCUGGCUUAGCCCAUCCCAAUGGAGCUUUGCUCCCCAGCGCAGGCACGCUGGUGGCCCCCGGGCCAAUUGUGCCUGUCAGUGGCAUGAUCCCCACCCCCAUGAGCAAUGGGAGUGCGGGGCCAGCGGGGGCGCAAGGCCCCGGCAUGCCUGUCCAGAUGCAUGAGCCCGCCCUGGCGGUGGAAUGGACAGCGGAGGAACAGAAGCUGCUAGAGGAAGGGCUGACCAGAUUCCCUGGUGACAAAUAUUCCAACAUAGUACGCUGCAUAAAGAUAGCGGCGAUGCUGGCGGACAAGACCGUGCGAGACGUUGCCAUGCGGUGUCGCUGGAUGUCGAAGAAAGAGAUUGGCAAGCGGAGAAAAGAUGAACAGCAGCAGAGCCAAACCAAGAAGUCAAAAGAAAGCAAAAAGGACAAGCCGGGCGACAUGCACCGCCCCCUGGCCCCCGCGCGGCCCCCAGUGCCCAUCAUGGCGCCGCCGCCCAUGCCACCACUCGAUGACAAGAUACCGCCCAUUGGGGGCCCGACAGGGCAGCUGCUGGACGAGAAUGUGCGCAUGGUCAACCAGAUUCGGCAGAACUUGGCCAACUGCAAGAUUCAGGAGAACAACGAGCUGCUCGUCAAGUUCCGGGACAACAUCACCACCAUCAUCAACGGGAUGACAUCCAUGCCGGGCAUCUUGUCGUCGAUGCCCCCGCUGCCCGUGAAGUUGAACACGCCGCUCGCGGACAGCUUCCUGCCGCCCAGCAAGAACCUGCCGCUGCCACCGCCAGUGACAACCCCUCCCAAAUGACAGAAAUAAUUUGCAGCGCACUUUAGCACGUUUAGCACUGUAAGAAGGUAAAAGCCAAUGGAAGAGAUCAAUAGCGGCUAACGUCCCAGUUGUGCCUAGGCUGGUUUUGCCGUUGCUAUUUUCCGAUUAGAGAUACGUAGUGUAGCAAAGCCGCAAAUUCGGCGUCAGCACUCAGACUUGAAUCGAGGACUGCCCGGCUCUCUCAGCGAAAAAGUGCGGGCCGACUGGAUUCGGCCGCGGGCAUUGUAUAUAGAGAAAUUCAGUAAUCUGGUUACGGUUGAGGAACUUCAACGGUUCUUUCCUUCUUGUCACUACCAGCUCACAGAUACUAGCCACUGCUGGUCUUCCGAAAGUCUUCGAAUCCAGCCAACUAUCCGUAUCAAGCAGGAAUUAGUCUGAAUUUUUUUUCAGCGGACUAGCUUCUUUAGAUUCAUCACUUGCAAGAUGAAAGCGACAUCUUAUAAGUUUAGGGAUUCGUGAAACUGAUCAAAGCCUUACCUAAGUUGAUAUUAUGCAAGUGACAUGGUAUAUGGCCGCAAACUGCACAGUAGUGGAGCAAAGGUAGGCCAUCUGAGCAGGCG